CACGCGUUUCACCCGAAGAGAACCCCCUCGCGGUGCUUGUGUUGCCUCACACACCAUACAGCAUACAGCACACACCACACAAACCCCUCGAGUCCUUGAAGCGAGCUCUGUCCUGCCCGACGUAGUACGGGACGGUUCGGCUAUCCGUCAUGGUCUAGUUUCUUCCUGUCCUGUCGUGUAACUCUGUAUGGCCCAGAGAGGCCUGGACCUGCACAACGAUCCCCUGAUCUAUGGCGCUGGGUGGCGACGUAGGGCCACUUAAUGUUCUUGCUUCCGCCCAUCCGGCGCCUGUCCGGAAAUCAGACGACAUGAUAUUAAAUGGGUUGCUCCUCCUCCCUCUCCCAUGGCGGGCGUUUCUCCUGCCCGUCUUGCCAUGUCGAGCUGCCUUCUUUCGACUUGACAUAAACGCCAUGGGUAUCAAGCAUCUCGCCUGCGCUGCGGCCGUUGCCGCCUUCGCGGCGCACCCUUGGCUGGCAACCGCCGCCGCCCCCGUCAACCUCGAGCUCAACAUCACCGCCCUGACCGGUGGCGAAAUCGAGUCGGACUGGACAAACGUCUUCUACUCCAGGGAGAAGUCGCCGCUGCUGCUCGGGAACGACGGCGGAGCCGCCACGGGGGGGUUCCGCGCGUGGGAUCUCAACAGUGACUCGCCGCUGUCCGAGGUCAAGGCGGUGAUCACCGGCCGCACCAAGCUCGUCACGACGGUCUACAACGCCACCGGCAAAGACCUCGCGGUCACGAUUGCGAUGCCCGACUCCGUCAUCCAUGUGUACGACCUGCCGGCCUUCACGGAGAUCGAGGCCGCGCGGACGACCAAGCUCGGCGACUGGUCGGCGAUCUGCUCGUGGCGCAGCAAGAGCCUGAACGACUACGUCUUCCUCUUUGGCAAGACGUUGGUUGUGCAGUACCUCGUUCGGCAGGGAAAGAGUUCCGUCGAGCUGGUCGAAGUUCAAAGCAUUCCGACCCCAACCGAGUUCUCCGGUUGCGCCGUGGUCCAGUCCCAGGCAAAGAUGAUCGCCACCGCCGACGACGACAAGGACCUCUACAUCUUUGACCUCAAAGAGUCCACCACCGCCCCGAACGUCACCAAGCUCGGCGAGGCCUCGGAGGACGUGACCGGCGUCGCCGUCUACGCCUCCAACUCCACCGGCCUGGACUACCUGUUCGUGGCCCAGGAGAGCAGCGUCGCUGUCUACGAAUACCCGUUCGACCUGCUCGGCACCGUCAAGCUGGUCGGCCUCGAGGACAUCGAGGUCCAGGGCCUCAGCCUCUAUCAGGGGUCGACUGCCAAGUACCCGAGCGGCGCGCUCGGCUUCGCCGUCGAGGCGGACAACGACGUCGCCGGGUUCGGCCUGCUGUCCCUGGACGGCGCCCUCAGCGAGCUCGGCGUGUCCGUCAACACCGCCUACGACCCGCGGAGCCAGACCGGAUGCCGCGCUCGCUCCCACAUCUGCGACGCCUGCUCCGGCAACGGCUACUGCCAGGAGAACGCGCUCGGCUGCGCCUGCUUCGCCGGCUUCACGGGGGACAAGUGCGACGCGUUCCGAUGCACCGACGACUGCUCCGCGCACGGCGAGUGCGUCGGGCCGGACCUGUGCAAGUGCGCGAGCGGAUGGGGCGGGCUUCACUGCUCGUUCCUCCUGGUCGAGCCCUCGUUCGAGACGGAGCAGAACGGCGGCGACGGCGACGACCCGGCCAUCUGGAUCUCGCCCGAGUCGGCCGACAGGUCCCGCAUCAUCACCACGACCAAGUCCACCGUCGGCGCCGGCCUCGGCGUCUUCGACCUCGCCGGCAAACUGCUCCAGACGAUCCCGGCCGCCGAGCCGAACAACGUCGACAUCAUCUACAACUUCCAAGCGGGCGACCGGAAGGUCGACCUCGCUUUCGCCGCCUGUCGCGGAGAUGAUACGCUGUGUCUCUUCGAGAUGACCUCGAACGGCACGCUCAAGGAGAUCCCCGGCGGCGUCCAGCCCGUCGUGCCCGACUACACAGUCUACGGCUCCUGCGUCUACAAAUCCCCCAAGACCGGCAAGCAGUACCUCUUCGUCAACGAGAAGUCGGCCCGCUACCUCCAGUACGAGCUGACGGCGACGCCCAACGGCACCCUCCAGACGGCGCUCGUCCGCGACUUCACCGGCGGCUCCGGCGGGCAGGUGGAGGGGUGCGUCACGGACGAGGACAACGGCUGGAUCUUCCUCGGCGAGGAGCCCUCGGCCCUGUGGCGGUACGGCGCCGAGCCGGACUCCAAGGAGGCCGGGCUGCGGAUCGCGCAGGUCGGCGACGGCCGGACGUACGCCGACGUCGAGGGCGUCACCCUGGUCUACGGCGCGAGGCCGGACCAUGGGUACGUGAUCGUGUCCAACCAGGGCGUCAGCGCCUACAACGUGUACCGUCGGGCCGAGCCCCACGACUACGUGACCACCUUCACCAUCACCGGGUCCGCCGACGGCCGGGUCGACGCCGUGUCCAACACGGACGGCAUCGCCGCCGUCGGCACCCAUCUCGGCCGGGACUUCCCGCACGGCCUCGUCGUCACGCACGACGACGCCAACCAGCUGCCCGACGGCAGCACGAGCGCCGAGGCGAGCUUCAAGCUGGUCAGCCUGGAGAAGAUCCUCGGCGCGGGGGCCCUCAAGUCGCUCAACCUGCUGAACGACGUCGACGCGAAGUGGGAUCCCAGGACGUGAUGGUGAUAUGCUCUCGGGUCCGGUCUUUGUGGCGGACGGCCUGAACAUCCUUCCAUAGAACGGAUCCCCCCUCCCACCCCUCAUGAAGCAAGCAUCUGCAUGAACCUCGGCGCAUUAUGGGUUUCAACUCUCAAGUAAUAAUAAUGAAGGCUUUUCAGAACUAUCGCCAACUCUUGACAAAACGAUUUGGUAGCAGACAGGUCGACUACUCACUCUUUUCCAAUACCUUGCGUGAACAGAUAAUCUUACAAGUUGCAGUAACUAAUUACAGUUUCUCUCGGUGUAAUUGAAAGCAGUCUACAACAACCUGAGUUCCUUGGCUAAAGAACCAACAUCUCGCUAUGCCAGGGCUUCUCGACAACGAUAAAUCAAGAUGUAGUAAUGAAACGACAGUGAAGGACAUGCAUGGUGGUGUUACAAUACACCUAGUCGGGAACAUUACACGUUGCUGACUGCGGGCAUUUUGCCGAUCCAGGCGUCGGCCUUGCCCUCCAUGGCGUUCACGAUCCAGCGGGCCAAGGCCGACCGUUUGAUCGACGACUGCCACCCCUUCUCGCCGACCGGCCCGGUGUAUAGCUCGCCUUCGCGGUCCUUUCGCCAGCUGGCCUCGUCGGACUCGCCCGGGAUCGCGGCGAUGCGGAAGAUGGUCCAGUCCAGGCCCUGCGACUCGUGCUCGAAGACGUGGGCGAUGUUCUGCACCGUGCGGUAAAGGUUGCCGGCGAGGAGGGGCAUGAGGAGGCCCAAGGUGGUCUGCAUGAGCGUCCAGCGGUCGUCGGGCCGCUUGAUGGCGAUGGUGCCCAUGGCCACGAUGCGCCUGACCCCGUGCUGCUUCAUCGCCGGGAACACGGACUUGGAGUAGAUGUCGGGGAAGAAGGAAGGGUCGAUUUUCCUGUCUCGCGAGAUGUCGGGGCCCAGGAGGGAGAGGACGGCGGAGCUGCGGGCCACGGCGGCAGACAUGGCGGCUGCGUCGUUGACGUCGCCUUUGAUGAUCUGAGGGAACGUUAGUUAGAGGACGCGAAGCUUUCGCCAAAAUGGAAUCACAUCAACAAGAGGGAAGAGAUUAAAGAUGAAUUAUACCUCAAUCAGUGGGUUGGUGGCCAGGUCUUGCGGGACCUUGUCUGGGCUUCUCGCAAACACAAUGGUCGAGUAUUUGCGGAAGACGAGCUCGCGGAGCAAGCAGAUGCCAGCAGGCCCUGUGCCGCCGAGGACCAACACUUUUCGGUCCGCCAUUGAGGGUUUAUAAUAAGGAUUAUGAUGGGAAGGGGGGGUAAGGCUGUGGAAGUGUUUCGACGAGAGGGAGUAGUUGGCCUUAUUGGUUAACGACAGAGAGAGAGAGAGAGAGCUUGCGAUGUAGAAAGGAGGAAGACUUUUUAACGAAGACAACCGUUCUACACUCUGAUCUUUAAAUCACCGUUGGGCUGAGGGAAAAUAAGAAUACGGCGGCUGAUCGAUGCCUACUUUGUAAUCGGCCAUUGUCCAAUCUUUACCGUCGCCGCCCUUGGACGGGCUCUCCGCCAAGCGGAUGUUUUCCGAGACGGAUGUUUCUCCAAGGCGGAUGUUAUUUCUUUGAGGGCUUGGGCUUGGGCUGGACUCUGGCGGACUUUGGCGGACCUUUUUCCACUAUCGGACACAGUUUCACUCGCUCUUGUGGCAGGUGGCGUAAACUUUCGUGGGAUAUGUG